AGGUCAUUAGUUUACAAUGGGAGAAAAUAACAAAUCGAUAUGGUGAUUUAAGACUGUAAAGAGACUAUGGACCUUAAUCCUUAAAAAAAGAAUUCCAGUGCCUUAAUGUUUAAGUCUGUCUUUCAUUUAUUAUAACUGACAUUAAUAUAAAGUUGUGAUGGAUUAGAUUAAAUAAUUCAUAGGCAUGGCUUCAGUGUCUUUGUCAAAAAGACUGUCUAACUCGAGAUACCAAAACUGGGUAAAGGCUAGUUUAGCAGUUUUGAUAACAAAAGAAGGUAUUGAACCUUUUGUUAAAGAUGAACUUGAACAGUUCCAGCAGAAAUGUUUAACAGAUAUAUGUAACAAUCAGGGUCUUCCAUCUGGAACAAUUUGUACAAAUUGUUGCACAGAAAACGUAGUCAAGUGUCCUACAAAAAAAAUUUGUAACUAUAAUAAUAAGUCAAGAAAGUGCAGUUAUCAUAAAAAUUCUGCAACUAGUUUUCUUCCUGCUGGUUGUCCGAACAAGAUCUGUAACAAUUUCCAAACUGAAAUACAGAAGGAACAUAGGUUCAAUGGUCCAUCCUACAAAAACACUGAUGCUACUCAGUGGUGCAUUAAUUCCUGGGAGGUUGCUAAGUGCUUCAUGCCCCCAGAUGGUUAUAAAGAUGUUGUAUCUGCAUCAGAAACAGAUUUUAAUGGAGUCAACAGUGUCAUCAUCAACUGCAGAUGUUUUCAGACAAAAGUUACAGAUGAUCUUAGUAAGAAUGGAAACAUUUUUGACAAGGCUAGAAAGAUUGGUAGAGAUGUUCGGCACUCAUCUAAGUUGGAAGUGGAGGAUAAAGAUCUAAAGCAAUAUUUCAUUGACCUUCAUAACCUUCUAUCAGAUACUGGACACUUGAAAACCAAUAAAUAUGCAAAGUCAGCACGGGAAAAAUUAUCUGAGUUAAAGGAUGAUAAAUUACUUAUUGGUAAAGAUGAUGUGCGGAAAGUGCUUGAUGAUGUUGCAAAGGUAGCACAUGACAAGAUUAAGACACGAGAAGAAAACAUAAAAAAUGAGCUUAUAGAAGCCACUCGGAAAUCUUUAGCAACAUUGGAAAGUAAAGAAAAAGUAACAUUAGAUGAACUUGAUAAUGCAUUAAAAUUUGCUAUUUGUGUAUUGGAGAAUCAAACAAAAGUUUUUCUUAAAAGAAUAAGCGCGGAAGCUGAUAGAAAAGUGAAAAAAAUUAAAAAUGAAUUUAAAAGUAGUGAAAGUUUGAAACAUCAACAAAUAAACACAAAAAAGAAGAAGAAUAUAUAGCAACAAAAAAGAGUGAGUAUAAACAUUUAUUUUACACCUUACAAAGGUAAAUAUACAUGUAUAACCAAUUUGUCGUUACACUGUUUUAACAAUAUAAAAUGUAAAACAUAAUUGGAUCUGCUCUUUUUAGCCUCAUCUUUACAAGUCAAAAAUCAACUCAACAGUGCUUUCUAUAUAGCCUCGUUUUGUUUUUUGUUUUCAGUUUGCAUGUCAUAAACAAAUCCAUUUUGUACUCUAAGUUUAGAAAAGUCGUCUGUUUUACAAUUAGAGACAAUUAUUGAAAUUAUGUGUUGUGGUGUUAUCAGCUUCAUUCACCUACCUUAAUAAAGUCAAUAAAUAGGAUGUGAUGAAUGCAUUUAUAAGUG